UUUCUCCAAAGAUGGCUCCGACCCGGAGUAUUAUUGGGUUUCUAAAUCCCAAAACUAUCGGUGCAGUUUUUAGUUCUAAUAUUUCCAAAACUUCGUGUCGCUUUAUUCAUAGAUGUAACAAUUGUAACCAUUUUCUUGGAACUCCUGUAAUAUCUAGUGUGACGUUAGGUCGUAAAAAUGUUAAAUAUGGCGAAGUUGGUGUGAGAUCUCGAUAUAUUCAUACCUCUAAUAGUUUAAACGCUAGAGUCGACUACUACCAAGUUCUUGGUGUGUCAAAAAAUGCGUCAGCUAAAGAAAUUAAAAAAGCGUAUUAUCAACUAGCUAAAAAGUAUCAUCCAGAUGCCAAUAAGUCAGAUCCAGAGGCUCCAAAGAAGUUUCAAGAAGUUUCUGAAGCUUAUGAGAUACUUUCCGAUGAAAAUAAGCGUAAACAAUAUGAUACAUAUGGCACAACAACUGACCAAAUGGGUGGCAUGGGAGGCUCAAGUGGCCCUGACGGUUUCACACAUCAGUGGCAGUAUAAAUCUACCAUAGAUCCUGAAGAGUUGUUCCGCAAGAUAUUUGGUGAUGCAGGCUUUAAGGCUGACACAUUUAGUGACUUUGCUGAGAGCAAGUUUGGUUUUGGUGCAGCUCAAGAAAUUAUAGUAAAUUUAAGAUUCACUGAGGCGGCUCGGGGUGUGAACAAGGAUAUAAAUGUUAAUGUGGUCGAUACUUGUCCAAAAUGUAUGGGGUCGAGAAGUGAACCUGGUACUAAAGCUGUCAAGUGUAGUUACUGUAAUGGCACGGGAAUGGAGACAUUUUCUAGAGGUCCAUUUGUGAUGCGUUCUACUUGUCGACAUUGUCACGGUACUAGGAUGCUGAUCAAGUUCCCGUGUGUUGAAUGUGAAGGCAAAGGACAAACGGUUCAACGUAAAAAAGUAACAGUGCCGGUGCCAGCAGGAGUGGAAGACGGACAAACAGUACGAAUGGCUGUCGGCAACAACGAAGUAUUUGUUACGUUCAAAGUUGAAAGCUCAAAUUACUUUAGAAGAGACGGACCUGAUGUUCACACUGAUUGCACAAUUUCAGUGUCUCAAGCCGUAUUGGGAGGAACAGUGAGGCUACAAGGGCUCUAUGAAGACCAUACAUUACAGAUUGUUCCCGGAACAUCCUCUCACACUACUAUUCGUUUGUCACGAAAAGGCAUGAAAAGGGUCAGUCAUCAUGGCUACGGAGACCAUUAUGUUCACAUUAAGAUACAGGUACCAAAAACUCUAAGCGAGAAACAGAAGGCUUUAAUGUACGCCUAUGCUGAACUAGAGGAAGAUACGCCCGGACAGAUACAUGGAGUAUCCUAUGACAGAGAUGGUAAUAAAAUUUCAAUAUCGGAGCCCCAAAAUUUAGUCGACGCUGUCAAGGAGGCUUUGAAAGAAAAGAAAAACAUCGAAAGAUCUUCCUCGGAAACUUCUGAAGAGAACGUGAAAGAGUCCAAACGCAGCAAGGGCUGAAUGAAAUAAGCUAAUUUAUACUUUACGAUCUUUGAGAUAAGACCCAAUUUGCAUAGCGCACGUAGGAAAAUUCCAAUUUUAUAGGAUAAUUUUCAGGCUGAAUUAUUGUCACUUCAUGAUUUCUUUUAAAUUUAAUUUUCGUCGAAUUCACAAAUGUUUUAUAUUUUUUACUACACAAUACUGUGAUAUGAGUUUUGAAAUAACUAAGACGCGAGUUUUUAAUCGUUAUAUAAAAAGUUUAAAGUGAUUACUUUAAUAAUGAACAUAUAUUGGAAUAAUAUAAUUAUCAUUAUAUUUCUGAUACAGCUGAAAUAGAUGUACAUAACCGUUAACUAGUUUGUAGGAAGUGGUAAAUAAAGAAAACAAAAUAAA